UUAGCAAAUUUUAUUUUAAUCUUGUAUUUACAAAAAAAAAUUUGUGAUGAAAAUUCUAAUUAUUUGUUUCAUUGUUUCUACACUAAUUUCUAUGACCAUUCAAUAUGGUCAACAAACAUAUCCAAAUAAACAUCGGAGACAAUUAUAUCAUGCAUAUGGUCGUAUUAGUAAUCAUAACAAAAACGAUCAUAAUAACAAUAAUAAUAAUAAUUAUUAUUAUCAUUAUCAUUAUAAUCGUAGAAAUGGUAAUCAUCAUCCAUCAAAAAAAUAUACUAAGAAAAAACCUAAAAAUAUACAACUUACAAGAAAAUAUAUCAUGGAAGGUGAAGCGAAACAUAUUCAUCAAAAACAUGGUGAAAAUCAUUUAAAAACAAUUGGCAAUUUAUUCGGUUUCAGUGAUACAUAUCAAGGAUCAGAUUAUGCAUUAACAACAACAUUUCAUCAAGGUAGUGUAUCUACAGAUAAUGGUCAACCAAAAUAUUUUUCCACUUAUGAUACAGAAGGAUUAAUAAAACAUUAUCAAAAUUCACAUGGUCGUGCUAAAUUCAAUGUUAACGCUAAAUCACAUGGUCAUGAAAAGUAUAAAGAUCAAAAAGAAAUGAAAGCAGUUGUAACAUUUGAAAAUAAUGAUUAUACCAUUGAUGAUGAAGCAAAUUAUUCACCAACAAGUCAUCCUUAUGGAAAAUUAGAAGGUUAUUAGAGAAAAAGAAAAACAGUGAACAUUUUUAUUUUAAAAAUGAAGAGAAAAAUUUAAUAGAGAAAUAACCAUUAAAAGUCAGUUAAUUGAAUGUAUAUAUAACUAACUAUCAAAUAUAUUAGAGUACUCAAAAACUGUAUGUGUUAUUAUUAUGAAAAGUGAAUAAAUCUAAUGAUAAAAUAAGUUCUUUCUAAUGGUCUUUUUAAAUGUAUAAAAUUUUUAACAAAUUAUCUUUAUUUUAAUUCAA